AUGGCCCAAUUACGAUUUACUUUAUGUUUCCUAGUUAUGAUAUGUAUUAUACGUGUAAUUCCUGUGGCUAAAGCAGAAAGUUCUCUUGGUCUAAUUCCUUCACCCGAUAUACCCGGUAUUCCAAAAGAAGGAAGUGAUUACUCAAAGUUGUUAGCUUAUUCUUUAUAUUUUUAUGAAGCUCAAAGAAGUGGAAUCUUGCCUCCGAACAAUCGAGUAUCCUGGAGACAUAAUUCCGCACUUGAUGACGGGAAAGAUAAAGGUGUAAACUUAAGUGGGGGCUACUAUGAUGCAGCAAUCGAAUGGUUUGAUGGAUAUCGAAUUGCAAAUCAAACUGGAUAUCUAUAUGAUAUGGUCAAAUGGGGAACUGAUUGGUUAAUAGCAGCUCAUCCUAAACCUGAUCAACUUUUCAUUCAAGUCGGUUCAACUCGAAUUGAUAAUUCAUAUUGGGGCCCUGAUACUAAUCUUUCGUAUCCACGUCCUGCUUAUGAUAUUAAUUCAACGGCACAUGGUACUGACGUCGCCGCAGAAGCGGCUGCAGCCUUUGCAUCCUCGGCAAUUCUAUUUCGAGAUUUUCUUAAUGAUACUGCCUAUGCAAAAACAUUAUUAUCCCAUGCUAUAAGCGUUUAUAAUUAUUCCGAACAACCAACCCUAGGAUUCGCUACAACGUCUAUCCCUGAAAGCCGUGGAUACACGACUUCUUCAUAUUAUGACAAAUUAGUUUAUGGUGCUAUUUGGUUAUACCGCGCCACUAAUCAACCUCAAUACUUAACUAAAGCAGUAGAUUAUUAUAACCAAGCCAGAUUACAGAAUAGUUCAAGAGUUAUGUCAUGGGAUGAACAAACAGUUAAAUAG